GCCGUCGUCCGCCCGAUCGCCGCCGCCCCCGUCAUGUCCGCAAUCAAGGUCGCCGUGGUGGUGUGCGCGCUUGUCGCCGUGGUGCAGGCCAGGCCGGGGACGCCCGCCAGGGUCGGAUACGCGCCGCUGGAGGACCACCACGACCACCAGGACUACCACGCCCACCCCAAGUACUCCUACAAGUACGGCGUGAGCGACCACCACACCGGCGACAUCAAGAGCGCGCACGAGACCCGGGACGGCGACGUGGUCAAGGGGCAGUACAGCCUGGUGGAGGCGGACGGCACCAUCCGCACCGUGGACUACACGGCGGACGACCACAACGGCUUCAACGCCGUGGUCACCAAGUCCGGCCACCCCCACGGCCACCACCCUUGAGACUGCAGCAGAACAACUACGAAUGAUGUGUGCCUGUGAGAGUGUGUGCGUGUGUGUGUCUGAAAGACAAGUGUUACAGCUGUAUGUAUAUUGUAAAGAUAAUUUUAUCGUUUUCUUUUUAAAAUUUGUUAUUUAACUAAUUGAGACAAACAUGGCUAUCUGCUUUAUGCAAAUGCAUACCUAAUGAGUGUAAGAGAGUAAAGACUUCAUUGCAAUGCUUACUUGUGUGUUUUUCGAUCUUUUAAAAGAAGUUUAA